AACGCUCAACGGUCACCGUGGUGUGAGGCAGAGAAUGAAGCUAAGCGGAGAAAUCUGAGGGAAACAUUCAUUGUCUGAGUUCAAAACUGAUCGAUGCAUCAAAGAGGAAAAUCAAACAACCGUAGAUCAAGGAGCUUCUCUAGAUCAAGACUCGCUGUUGAAGGCCAUUGAAUCUCACCCACAUUACAUUUCUCUAUUGUCAUCUUCUCCGUCGACCUAACCUAACUAUUCAAUGGCAACACCUUACAAGGCAGAGAGAGACAUCCAAAAGAGUUAUUGGAUGGAGCACUCAAGUGAUUUGACUGUUGAGGCUAUGAUGCUUGACUCCAAAGCUUCUGAUCUUGACAAAGAAGAGCGUCCUGAGGUACUCUCUUUAAUCCCACCAUACGAAGGGAAAAAGGUGCUGGAACUUGGAGCUGGCAUCGGUCGUUUCACUGGUGAGCUGGCUCUAAAGGCUGGUGAAGUCAUCGCCCUGGACUUCAUCGAGAGCGCCAUUAAGAAGAAUGAAAGUGUGAAUGGGCAUUACAAGAACGUCAAGUUUAUGUGUGCUGAUGUGACAUCUCCAGACCUGAAAAUCGAAGAUGGAUCCGUCGACUUGAUUUUCUCAAACUGGUUGCUCAUGUAUCUCUCUGAUAAAGAGGUGGAACUUCUGGCAGAAAGAAUGCUAGGAUGGGUAAAGCCAGGAGGAUACAUUUUCUUCAGAGAAUCUUGCUUCCAUCAAUCUGGAGACAGCAAGCGUAAAUCUAACCCCACUCACUACCGUGAACCAAGAUUCUAUACCAAGGUUUUCCAGGAAUGCCAGGCACGUGAUGCUUCUGGCAAAUCAUUUGAGCUCACUAUGGUUGGUUGCAAAUGCAUUGGAGCGUACGUGAAGAACAAGAAGAAUCAAAACCAGAUAUGCUGGAUUUGGCAAAAAGUAAGCGUGGAGAAUGACAAAGACUUCCAGCGUUUCUUGGACAAUGUUCAAUACAAGUCCAAUGGGAUCUUGCGCUAUGAGCGUGUCUUUGGGCAAGGUUAUGUGAGCACUGGUGGUUUUGAGACAACUAAAGAGUUUGUGGCGAAGAUGGAGCUGAAACCAGGACAGAAAGUCCUAGAUGUCGGUUGUGGUAUCGGUGGAGGUGACUUCUACAUGGCUGAGACUUUCGAUGUUCAUGUUGUUGGUAUCGAUCUAUCAGUCAACAUGAUCUCUUUCGCCUUGGAGCGUGCUAUUGGACUCAACUGCUCGGUCGAGUUUGAAGUUGCGGACUGCACCACAAAGACAUAUCCUGAUAACUCUUUCGACGUCAUUUACAGCCGUGACACUAUUCUGCACAUCCAAGACAAACCGGCUCUGUUUAAGGCAUUCUUCAAGUGGCUAAAACCAGGUGGAAGAGUUCUCAUCACAGACUAUUGCAAGAGUGCUGAAACUCCGUCUCCUGUAUUCGCAGAGUACAUCAAACAAAGAGGAUAUGAUCUCCAUGAUGUUCAAGCUUAUGGACAGAUGCUGAAAGACGCAGGCUUUGAGGACGUGAUCGCAGAGGACCGUACUGAUCAGGUGACCCUCCCCACAUACUUUUGUAUAAUGUCUGCUGAUUCUAACGUAAACCAUUUUAUAUUUUCUCAGUUUGUACAAGUCUUGAGGCGUGAGUUAGAGAAAGUGGAGAAAGAAAAGGAAGAAUUCAUCAGCGACUUCUCAGAAGAAGAUUACAAUGACAUUGUAGGAGGAUGGAAAGCAAAGCUUGAAAGGUCUGACGAGCAGAAAUGGGGAUUGUUCAUCGCCAACAAGAAGUAGAAAAGUCCCCAAAAAGAUAAAACUUAUUUUCCCUUCAAUAAAAAGUGUUCCUUGGAGGACAAACACUUGCUUGUUUUUACUAUCAUGGAACCGUAAAUUGUAACAAAAAAACUCAUGUGUUGUUUCUGUUUCUUAAUCUACUUGCUUUGAAUCUUCA